AUGGAGGUGAAGGAAAUAGUCGAAAAUGACAACAUUUUCUCGUUGUUCAAAUGGCAGUUGGGAGUGUCUGAAAUACCUCCGUGGGAGAUUCCUUCUAAAAUUAACGAGCCAAUUACACAUAACGUAACACUUCCACAAUUCUCAAAGAAACAAUUUAGCCAUCCCUUAAAUACUCAAAAAGGAUUUGAAUACAUCAAAUCUCUAAUUGGCUGCACUUGCAGAGUUGUUUCUAAUCUACCAGAGGCAAUAUCAGUCACUGAACUCCCCGGGAAAAGGCAUAACUCAAUACCAGCACUGGACCUAGCCUUCGAAUUCAAUAGAAUUGGCCUGUUGCAUUGUAGAGCUGAUUUAUUACUGACUAGGAUUUCUAAAUCGCAUGUGAUUGUAGGACCUUCGAUUUUGGAGGAUGUAAUAGGCGUGGUUUUUUACGAUAAAAAUGUAGAUUUGUGCAGGAGAAGGAAGUAUAGCUCCAUUGUAUUUAGAAAAUGUUUCGUCUAUACAAUCAUUUGCAGUUUGUUGAGAGAGAGGCAGAUACCAAUUUAUUUGAGUGCCUUUGGUAAUUUGUUCCUAAAAUCUACAAUAACAGUGACAGCUAAAGGAAUAUUUGCUGUAAAUUAUACAUACCUAAACUCAGAUGAUUUUGUCAAAGAUGUGGCGAUGAGCGUCAAAUCCAAAACCAAUUCAACGAGUGCCAAACUUAAUGCCGCACUUUGUCACUUAAAAAGCGAUUUAUUGCCUGCUAGGAAACGGUUUUACCCCUUCUUACUGGAAAGUAUUACUCGAAAUUACUCAGCAAAUGAUACACCCGGUGAAAGUGAAAAGAGAAUAAAGAGGAAGAGGGAAAUUAAGGGUGGUAGUAACAGUGAUGGUGCGAUUGCUGUGAAAUCCAAACUUGAUGAGCCAGAAGUGAAUACCAUGCCCAAAGACAGUGCUGAGUGUGACUCAUGGGAUGAAUCAUCUCCUUGA